UGAGGCCUGUCAUCACCGCAGAAGUGGCCGUCAGAUGGCCCACGGGCUCGCGCUGGACCCCAGCACCUGCGGAGGAAACUAAGGGCUUCUAGCGGUGGCGGUUACCAGCCCGGCGGUUCUCGGAGGGGCGGGGCUGGGGGCGGGGAGAGGGAGCUUGGAGGAGCGUCCUGAGUUGCCAUGGAAACGGGACCCUGCGCGGGUGGUAGCAGCCGAAAUGAGCCUCACGAAAUUUGCCCCCCAGGGUUACUGGUGUUUGCUGGCUCCUCGGAACAGGAGGCCAGUUUAGCCAAGCAGUUCUGGAUGUCUGCGUCGAUGUGUCCCACUAACGAAUCUCAGCUGGUGCUGUGCAGAGGUAGCAGUCAGCGCCUGCCGGUGGCGCGGCCCUCUGGGAGCAGCCUACCUGAGAAAAAUUAUUUCCAGCCUUUUCCCUUUGAGAAUAACAAGAAUACAGAAGUCAUUGAUGAAGCCUUAAAGAUUCAGGAAUCUGAGGAGAAAGUAAAGUUUCUCCAAAAGGAAAGUGAUGUCAGAAUCAGAUAAAGAGGACCGAGAAGAAGUCAAAGCCUUGGAAUAGUGUGACUGAAACAGGAAAGAGGAAGGCUUACUUAUAUCUGCACGU